UAAUCGUCGCCCUUUCUGUGUCGCUCUGUCAUUCUUCGUUAAGGUUUUGGGAAUCCAAUAAGGAAGAAGAGAGAACACAUCACAACACCAACACACCAUUUUCUCCACAUAAUGCUUCUUCUUCUUCACUCUUUCUUCUCUUUUCUUUCAGAUUCCUUUUAGCAAUUCUCUCUUCUUCUCUUCAUUUCCUCUUUCUGGGUAUGUUUCUCCCACAGAUUUAGCCUCUACUCCCUUCCUUUUUCGUCCCUUCUACCGGCGGCGAUGCACCGGGACCGUCCUGCGCUUGGAGGCGUCGGCACCGGCUCCUCCAAGUUGGACGUGACUCCCAUCGAUCGGAAGCGCAUCAACGACGCUCUCGAUAAACAACUUGAGCGAUCCUCACCAUCCACUUCUCGUACCGUCAUUAACGGCAAGGAUAAUAAGCCCUCUGCGCCUCAGUCCUUGUUAAUGCCGAAGCCUCUUUCUGAUCAGAGGGACUCUCGUUCUGCCUCUCUCUCUAAGACUAACUGCUCUGAGGAAUCUGAGACUGACAGUGAAGAGUCAGAUGUCAGUGGAUCUGAUGGCGAUGAUACAUCUUGGAUUUCAUGGUUUUGUAAUCUGCGUGGAAACGAGUUCUUUUGUGAAGUGGAUGAUGACUAUAUACAAGAUGAUUUCAACCUCUGUGGGUUAAGCAGCCAAGUUCCAUAUUAUGACUAUGCUCUUGAUUUGAUUCUGGAUGUUGAGUCCUCCAAUGGUGAUAUGUUUACAGAGGAACAGAAUGAGCUAAUUGAAUCUGCAGCUGAAAUGCUUUACGGUCUAAUUCAUGCGAGAUACAUAUUGACAAGCAAAGGCAUGGCUGCUAUGCUGGACAAAUUCAAGAAUUAUGACUUUGGGAGAUGCCCCAGAGUUUACUGCUGUGGACAGCCAUGCCUUCCUGUUGGUCAAUCAGACAUUCCUAGAGCAGGCACUGUCAAGAUAUACUGUCCAAGAUGUGAGGAUGUUUAUUAUCCUCGAUCAAAGUUUCAAGGUAACAUCGAUGGAGCUUAUUUUGGAACUACAUUUCCUCACCUCUUCCUGAUGACAUAUGGACACCAUAAGCCACAAAAAUCCAUUCAGAGUUACGUUCCAAGAGUGUUUGGAUUCAAGAUCCACAAGCCAUGAAAGCUGAAAACUUGAAGCAUUCACUUGGGUGAGUUAAUAUGCAUCUCUGUUUGCUGAAACUUCUUUGGGAAGGACAUGCCUUGAGAAUUAGUUUAGCAAAAUACCUUUUUUGAGAAUAAUAACGAUGAAGAUUCCUCCCUUUUAUCUGCUUUGGAAUGUUGGAAUGAAGCAUUCGUCUACCCCUUGUGAAUGGAUGAAUGAAGGUCCCAAUUCUCAUGAUGGCUCGUAUUUGGUGAGCUUCUUUAGAAUACACCCCCACCCCCACCCGAAAAAAAAAAAAAAAAAAAAGGAAAAAGAAAGAACUCUUUUUUGGUAGGUAUUGAUGUCUUGUUUAAUUUGUUUCUGCACCAAACAGUUUUAUCAAUGACAAUUCAAAUAUAGCUUGUCACAA